GUUGACAGACAUGAGAUAUCCUUUCUAUAGGGAGAGUGAUAUGAUGAUCCUGUCUAAAUUCUGGGUGCUCAUCUAUUUAUGUAUUCUUACUUGUAAUGGAUUUUUAAAUCCUGUGGCGGCUGCUUACCAAUGCAAAAAAGGUAAAGUAUGAGUUAUUGAAUAUUAAGGGCUAUUGUGUAGCUUCUCUCUAUGUUUUGCUGGGAAUUAUACUCUACUAAGUAAUGCCGAUGAAUGUAGAUGUAGACUUAUCUUGAAUAUUUUUUUAUUUACCAUUGAUACUAUUAAGGUUACUCCUAAUUUGUUGAUACUUAGAAUAAAAUAAUGACUCUGGCCGAUAUUAAGAAGAAUUACAGUACAAUGACAAUAAUGUGAUUGAUAUUAUCAAGGUGAGAGGAUAAGUAGGUCUAGACAUAACAGGGAACUGUGUGAACCGUGCCCUGACGAGUCCUUCCAGGCAGUACCAAAUGAAUCUCAGCAAUGUCAACCCUGCCACUCCUGCGUUGAGGGUAAGUUAUAAUUAUGCAAUAAGAAGUUAUAAUCAAUAUGAAUACAUUAUGUAAACAAUAACCUGUUGAUGUGUAAAUCAUGACAGAAGAGGAUAUUUUUAAAAUGUAUAAUGAUCCCACACCAAAUCUUGAGUUGAAUCUAAACAGCCAUGAAAUAUGCCAGCGUAACCCACAGACAAUAUGAUUGUUUCUAUGCAGACACUGGGAGUGAGGUAAUAUCAAAGUGCUCAAAGACUUCUGAUGUUAUAUGUCAGUGUCGUAGAGGAUUCACUAACAGGGUCAAAGACUCUUCGCGAUGCAAGUGUGCCACGGGUUCUGGGCUGGAUACAUCAGGUAAAGUGGAAUCACAUAAUACUGAUGCUUUUUAGUGGAUUGAUUAGUAAAUCUGUAAAUAACUGGCAUGCUGCCUCAUUUCUUGAUUCAGGAAUAAUACCAGUAUGCCGUGAAUGUGAGCAUGGAUUCUUUACUACCGGCAUGGACUCUACAUGUGCGAAAUGGCGAGAGUAUGUAGAACAACUAACUAGCAUUUGUCAGAUUUUUGCUAUUUGCAAAAAAGUAUCAAGCAGUCUACUUGCAUUUACAAUAUAACGUUGGACUUUCUGUCAUCCUCUGCAAUUGAUUUGGAAUCAUUUUAACUGCAGUUUGACUCAGCUAUGUAUCUGCCUGUGUCUUAGAUGUAGGAGUGGAGUGAAGAUUCCGGGCACUACGAUGUCAGAUGUGAUCUGUAAUGAAGAGUCCGAGCCAGAGGGGAAGACCCUCCCAUCCAUGCAGCCCACUUCCCCCUCUGGCUCUAUCCAGACCUUAUCUAAGUCAUUGAUCCAGAACCAGAGCCAAGGGUCAUCUCCUCAUCCCAAUGUCCCCACUGUAACACCAGCCCUCACUGGUCCCAAGUCCUCAACGGCAGACUACAGCCAAGGUUGCAUGCUGUUCUUGACUGUAGGGCAUGACAUUAUAGAUCCAUGUAUAACAUUGUGUUACAGUGGAUAGUGGUAUGGCAUUGUAUGACUAAUUACUUAUUUCUAACUUUCAGUUAUGACACUCAUUGGAAUUGUCCUGCUGCUUACUUUUCUACUUACCGCUGUGACCUACAACCUGGUCAUCAUUCCUUGCAUCAACAACUACAAGAACCCGGUUGUCAGAACAGGUAUGUGCAAAUGUUAGUGAAAUUAUUAUGAGAAGUGUUAUGUUUGUUUCUUUAGCUAUUAUGUGUGUUGUAGUUUGGAAUGUCAUCUGUGUAUAUUUUGUGUGUUGUUUGGUUUGGGCAUACUGACUCUAUUAUUCUACCCCAGCUCAGGACUCAAUGUGCCGGAGGCCAGUUGAAGAAAGUGGGGACAGCAGUCUCUCUUCCCUGGUAAAACCACCAAGCUUGGGGGAGCCA